AUGGCUAGUAUUGCAGGUCUAUUUCCUCUCCCUUUUUCGAGCCCAAGCUUUUGUGCUCCAGAAAUUGAAACUUCUUACGAGGAAUUUUCUGUGGAGUGCCUCUCUGGAACAACACAAGUACAAUUUGGUCAAAUGGGAGAUGGUUUGCAGACCAAAAUGUGGAGCGGGCUUGGGGAUUCAGAGAUUGAAGAGGUGUACAGUGUUCCAACUUGGAGCAAAGAUUGUUCCCCAGUUCUGAGAGUAAGGAAGUUACAUAUCAAUUCUACAAUAUUGGCUUCGAGAAACCCUUAUUUUUACAAGCUUUUCUUGAAUGGCAUGCCUGAAUCAGAGCAAAGAGAUGUGAAGCUACGAAUCAGUGCUUCAGAGUUUUUUGAUUGUGUUGUAAUGGAAACAGAUAAAGUGUUGUUAUCUAUACUCAACAUCUAUUUGUUUACGUACUUCGGGAUGAUAUCAACAAAUGAUCUAGCAUUGUUGCUGGAUUUGUUGGUGGUUGCUGACAAAUUUGAGGUUGCUUCCUGUGUGCAUCACUGUAGCAAGUUGCUGGGUAGUCUUCCCAUGACUCGAGAAUGUGCUAUAAAAUAUCUUGAGCAUCCUUAUAGAAUGAUAGAUGCAAUACGACCUCUUGUUGUUGUUUCAAAGCAGUACCUUGCCAAACAGUAUCAGGAUUUAUUUGAGUCUCAUGACGAGCUGAUGGCCUUGCCUCUGUCUGCCAUCGAGGCAGUGCUCUCAAGCUACGAGCUGCAUGUGGGAUUGGGUGAUGUUGUAUUUGAUCUUGCCCUCGAGUGGGCACAUGCUAAGUACCCCAAUUUUGAGGAGCGACGUGAGAUUUUGGGCUCACAUAUUGUCCCUGCCAUAUGCUUUUCCUCCAUGUCAACCCACAAGCAGAAGGUGGUCCUCGAAUGUGAAGACAUCGAAUUGGUGGCAAGGGAGUUUAUUGUCAAGGCAGAGGAGGCUGAACUCAGGCAUUGUGUGGCCAACUGUGCGUACAAGCGCCCCCCAUUAAAGGUAAUACAAUUGGCAGAAAACCCUGCCAAGUGCCUGGUGUUCAUGGACCUUCAGCGAGAGGAGUGUGCUGCCCUCUUUCCAACAGAUCCAUAA